GCAAACUUGGCAACAAGAUCAUGAAGUUAGCGGGCUCCAGAUACCGUUUCUAUGACGUCGCCGAUAUUCGUGAGAGUGGCGCGAAGGAAAUGCGCCCAGACGUUGUUAGCUACCCAGAUACGGCUCAAGCCCGGGCUGCAUUCGAAUAUCUCGGCGAAUCGUCUUCGGAUGAGCGACGCCGGAAGUUCUUGGCCUACUGCGCCUGGUCAUGGAUGGUCCUGUUCAUCGAGUGCAAGCGGAGUGAGAAGAACGCGGCUUACCAUUUCUCAACACCGGGAUUUUUACGGAACACAAAGGAGGGCGAAGUCAGCCGCGCUCAGAUCGCCAAGUACGCCGCUGAGAUCCAGUUUCGGCAACACCGCACACACUUGUUUUCCCUCUAUAUAUGUGAUACCAAGGUCCGCGCUCAGCGUUGGGAUCGUUCGGGGUGCACUGUGACAAAGCCGUUGGACCUCAAGAAGGACGGGAGAAAAUUCAUGGACUUUCUCUACCGUUUCGGUCAGCUCUCCGAGGCCCAGGUUGGAUACGACUCCACUGUCAAGCUCGCCACGAAAAUUGAAAUCGCCAAGGUCCUGCGAUACAAGUCUGACAACCUCAUUUUGGUCCAGUAUCGUGACUUCAUGGCACAUUCUCUCAACGAGUAUCCCAUCUUCAAGGCAAUGCGUUUUCAGAUGCAAGUGAAGCCUCUUACUGCCGAGGUAAACAAUACUAGGCGUAGCACUCGUUCUUCAUCGAAGGAGAAAAUAUUCCUCAUCGGCCAACCUGUUUCAGGCCACUGCUCACCGAUUGGACGCUGUACGAAGGCGUAUGUGGGGCUUGAUCUGCAAACAAACCAGCUCGCGUUCAUCAAGGACAGCUGGCGACCUAAUGCCCCAGGGGUGCGUCCAGAGGUCGAGACAUACGCGCGACUGCACGAACAUAACGUCUCCUACGUUGCCACUGCCAUCGCCGGAGGAGACGUGGACAUCCCAGGCGAUGGCCCUCAGCGCACGCAGACAGAUAAACAUCUCCCAGAAAGUGCCAGACAGUCCGAGCGUAUACACACCCGACUUGUCACCAAGGAGGUCGGCAUCCCCUUGGACAGCUAUCCAACGGCGCGACACUGGGAAGCUUACGAAAUUGCGGGGAUGCUGCACCGCGAUGUCACCCCAGCAAACAUUUUAAUCGACGUAGAAUCUAUCGGGAAGAAGCUCAAGUCAUUCAUGAACGAUUGGGAUGUGUGCAGAUACAAAGAAGAUAUGCAUCCGGAUGGUACAUGGCCGUACUUGUCGGCACUGGUCCUCCAGUAUCCUAAGAAACCGCACGAGUUGGCCGACGAUCUCGAGGCCUUCAUAUACAUUCUUGUAUGCAUGGCACUGCGCUAUCACGAGCACAAACGGACGCCGGCGUAUCCCAAGGAUAUCGGUAGAGAUGAGGCCCGCGCCAUGAACAAGCAGAACAAGGCCCUCGCUUCUCUGGUCCACUCUAUCUUCUUCGAUGAGUACCCGGCGCAGGGCGGAUACUGGUCCGGCGGAGACAGGAAGAUGCGAGAUAUCCAGGCUGGCAUCUCGCCCGUUGACCUCAAGCCGACCAAGAGUGGCCCUACGCCUCUCGGCAUCUUGCUCGACGGGCUCUACUCGCUGCUCAAACGCCACUACGACGCCAUCAACAUGAAGGAUUUGGAGCGCUUCAAGGUCCUCGCUCUGGAGAAUGACGACGAGGGCGAAAGCCAAACCACUGCCUCUGACGAGGGCGAGGAAGAGGGGGAAGAUGCUUUACCUGUCGCCCGGCUGUUUGAUGCGGAGCCACCUGAAGCAGAGCGGACGCCGAGUGCACGCUCGUCACCCGCGUCGCC